AUGCGGAUCGUUGCGCUGGUUCCCGUUCUACUCACCUUUUCUUCGUCUGUCCUUGCUACUUGCUGGUUUCCAGAUGGCCAGGAGUCUACUCUCGACACUGCUUGCAACCCGGAUGCCAUAGUCUCCUCUUGCUGCUUCGACCGUCAAGCAUGUCUUUCCAACGGGCUAUGCGUUUCCGACCCCCAUGACCCAGCAAAAGCUCGCACUCAUCGAGGAACAUGCACAGAUCGAGGCUGGAAGAGCGGAAACUGUGUGCGUCAGUGUUUUGAUAACAUGCACGCUGGCGCACCCGUAUACAGCUGCAACGUCACUGAUGUCGACUCUUACUGCUGCUAUGAUAACUGCAAGUGUGAAAAUCCGUUCGAGGUCUUUUCCUUUGAUGGAACGCCUGCAAACGUAUCCACCAUGACAGUCAUCCUCGAGUCUUUCACCCAAACCCGCAAACCAACCGCUACAGCGAAGUCUCAGGCACCCAGCAACUUGCCAGCAACUUCCUUUGCUCUCCCCACUGGCUCCGCGAACGGUUCCGCAAAUGGCUCAGCGAAUAGCUCUACAUCCGCUGAAGUAGCCUCAUCUUCAACUCAAGGCCCGAAUUACCUCGCACUCGGCAUUGGUCUGGGUCUCGGUCUCGGUCUAGGCAUUCCUGUCAUCUUCCUUAUCGCCUUUUUCUGCUGGCGUCGCAGAAAGGCGGCAGCCAAGAAAACACAGGAGAAUUCGCGACAACCCCCAGAGUUGAGCAGCGAAGAAUAUUACCCCCCGGCACAAAAAUACGCAUACAACCUUAAUGUGAUGCCCAAGGCUCCGCAGUAA